AUGCUCAUCGUAUUUUCCCACAUCCUUGGUGGUAGUGUGCAUCGAGAAUUGGACCCCCCACACCCAACCCAACCCCGGGACCAGACCGUCGAUCGAGACUUCUACUACUGUGCCGUUUGGAAGCGUUUGAAGAGGGACGUUUGGUGGAAGAGACCGGAUCUGUGGAGCGCGAAGAAUUGGAUUCUUCACGACCACAAUGCCGCCCCCUGUCACCGGUUUCUCCUCCUCGCUUAUGAGUUCCUCACCAAAAACAACAUGGUAACACUUCGGCAUCCGCCUUAUUCGCCAGAUUUAGCACCGGCGCGGAUUUCCGUCUCUUCCCCCACGAUAAAAAUGCAGAUCGAAUGUCGCCGUUUAAACACAGUUGUCGAGAUCCAAAGAGAAUCGCAGAAGGUCCUCGACUCGCUCACGGAAAACGACUCCCAGGCCGGAUUCCAAAACCGGCAGGAAUGCUGA